ACGAUGACAUCGCCAAAGUUUGUCUUAUAUCUGACAUGUUUCUUCUUGGGGAAAAUGGCUCAGACAACUGUUGUGAAAUUGUCCUCAUCUCUUCAUGGAGAACGUGGCUUUGUACCAGUUAAAUCUGGGAACAACUUGACUUUGCGAUGUUUCCAUAAAAGUGAUGUUCCUGCAAGGCUUUACUGGUACAAACAAACUCCGGGACAGGAACCAAGGCUCAUCUCCACCUUCUACAUGUUGGACAAAAAUGGAACUUUUCAUGGUGAAUUCAAGAACAACCCGCGCUUCACAUUGGAUACUGAGAAUGGUAAAAAUCACUUGACAAUCAAAGAUCUGCACAUUUCAGACUCGGCCACUUACAACUGCAUAAGUUGCUAUUUAUACACGUUAGAAAUUUUGGAGAGCAGUACAGUCAGUGUAAAGGGUUCAGGUGUGAACAUCCCAGCUUUGGUCCAUCAGUCAGCAUCUGACACCAUCCAGCCAGGAGGCUCUGAGACUCUGAACUGUACAGUACACACUGGGACCUGUGAUGAAGAGCACAGUGUUUACUGGUUCAAAAACUCUGAAGAACCUCAUCCAGGACUCAUUUACACCCAUGGAGGCAGGAAUGAUCAGUGUGAGAGGAAACCCGACACACAAACACACACCUGUGUCUACAACUUGCCAAUGAAGAGCCUGAAUCUGUCUCAUGCUGGGAUCUACUACUGUGCUGUUGUCUCAUGUGGACACAUCGUGUUUGGAGACGGGACCAAGCUGGACUUUAAAGAUAAGGUGGACUCUCUUGUCUUGGUGUAUUCCUUGAGCGCAGCUUUGACAUUCACCACCAUCCUGUUGGUUUUGCUGGCUUUCUCAGUGCUUAAUAACAAAAUAAACCGUUCCCAGUCUCCAGAGUGUCAAGCAAGAUUUUCAGCUCCUGCCAUGACAAACGCUGAGGAGCACGGAGAUGCAGACAGCCUCCAUUAUGCUGCUUUAAAUGUUAAACCGCCCAACGGAUCGAGAAGACAGAGAAAUAACAUCAACAAUGAAUGUGUGUAUGCUGGUGUAAAGCACUAGAACUGGGCAUGUUUCAUUUCCUCAUUUAUAAGUAAGGCUGGAUUUUUGACUCUUCUUUUGAACUCAAAUGUCGAUUUCAGUGCAGACCUUGAGACAAAUAUCACUUUCUGUCUUCUUUUUGGUCUUCAGUCAAAAGAAACAAUAUCUCUAUCUUAUGUUUAAGGUUAAGUAAUGUUCACAUUUCGGGCUCUCUUGUCUUUGUGGUUGCAAGCAGGGUGCCUCCUUUUUGUUACUUUAUUGUCAAUAAAGUUCGUUACUAGAAAUCUUUUGAUUAAUUUGGAGACUUUUGAAUAAAUUCUCUCUGUGAUCAAACCAGUACAUUCGAAUGGUCACAGACGACGCUACACAAGUGACACAUGAAUGAAAUAUGAAUGGCAGGUGCUGUUUGGGUUAAAUGAGAGCAGUCCAGCCAUGCAACCA